AUGGGCAAAGAUUUCUACCAAAUACUUGGCAUAAGUCGCCAUGCCGAGGAGGAUGAAAUUAAGAAAGCCUAUCGCAAAUUGGCCCUCAAAUAUCAUCCAGACAAGAAUAAAAGUGCCGAGGCAACCGAACGUUUCAAACUGGUCGCUGAAGCCUACGAAGUGUUGUCCGACAAAAGGAAACGCGACAUUUACGAUCGAUCCGGCGAAGAGGGUUUAAAUCACGGCUGCAACAGCCAGGAAAGCGGCUCUGAACCCAGUUAUCAUUUUCAUGGAGAUCCAAGCGCAACAUUUGCACAAUUCUUCGGCAGCUUUGGCUUUGACGAGAGCUCUGCCAAUGAUCCAUUUAGUGCGUUGGCUGGUUUUCCUGGUUUCUCAACCAGAACCCAGGAUCCGGCAAUUGUGCAUGAACUGUUUGUGAGGCUCGAGGACAUCAACAGCGGUUGCCAGAAGAAAAUGCAAAUCUCACGCAUGAGACUGGUGAACGGUGUGCCGCGCAAGCAGUUCAAGCAGCUGGUCAUUGACAUCAAACCAGGUUGGAAAUCGGGUACCAAAGUCACCUUCAGCAAAGAGGGGGACGAGUCAACAAAUCGCAUUCCUGCCGACAUUGUGUUCAUCAUACGCGAUGCGCCGCAUCCGCUGUUCGAGCGCGUUGGCAGCGACAUUCAUCACACGGCCAAGGUCACACUGAAGCAGGCGCUGUGCGGUGUCAGCAUUGAGGUGCCCACCUUGCAACCCGAUGUGACUUUGUUCUAUCACAGCAAUGGCGAGGUCAUUGGGCCGACGAGAGUGAAGUGUUUCUAUGAACAUGGUUUGCCGUAUUCGAAGAAUCCGCUGCAACGUGGUUGUCUCUUUUUGCACUUCGACAUUGAGUUUCCUGACGCCUUGCCGGCCCCACUGGUCAGACAACUGGAGGAGCUGCUGCCGGACUGCAAAAAAUAA